AAUGGGGAGCUCCCAGCAAUGGGAUACAAACCUGCCGAGUUUCUCCGGGCUUAGUUGCUCUGACUUGUUCUGGUAGACUUCGACUUCGUUGGCUUGACUUUCAACGAAAUACGCAUAUGAGUUGUUUUGCAUUACGCUUUCCUUUACUGUGAUUGCGCAUUUCAUCCAACGCAAGGGGGAGAUUUAGAUUAGGGAAUUGCGUGUAAACUCAUCGAUAAUUUUGAUAUCAGCAAGAUGGCUCCAGCAAUGUCGUACGCGCUUCUCGUGUUUGGAGUGGCCCUUCUGCCUGCAGGGAAUGGGCAAUGCAUCAACGUUACACUUCCCAAUAUCCUCAACUUGGGAGAGUGCCUUGGAACUACGCUGAGAGCUUGUCCUGAUACAUCGCCGGGCCUAAUACCAGACCUCACCCGUGUGCUUGGGUGCGUGCUCCAGAUUCUGCCUCAGAUUGGAAGCCCUGUCUCUGUGCUCUUCAACGUCAUCGGACUCCUCGAAGCUGUUCUCUCUAGACUGGGCCUUCCUGGUGAUAUCGGUGGCCUCACGGACAUCCUCUGCAAUCCACUUGGAAUCCCGCUGUUCAGCUGCGGUGCGUUCAGUCCAGGGAACAUCGCCUGUCAGGAACCUCUUCAGAUCAGCCUGCCCAGCGUGUUCAACGUGGGAGCGUGCCUGAACCGGACCCUCUUGUUCUGCGAAGCUGGGUCAACAAUUUCGGACCCCAUCCUAAGAGAGCUGUUUCAAGCAGUCGGAUGCAUUCUGAGCGUUACCCCGGAUGGUCUGCAACUGGACCUUGUCUCGAGCCUGGUGUGCCCCCUGGUGGACAUCCUCAACUCGUCCCUGAACGAGUUCACCUCGCUGCUGCCGUUCCGGUUCCUCACGCGAGGAAUCACCAAUGCCGUCAGGUCGCUCACCAACAAUCUGCUCGGGGCCGUCGGUAACUGUAACCGGUAACUUUCAAGGACCAAGUGCGCCUGAAUUCAAACCCGCCUGCCAGGAAGAGGAGCGGAAUGAGGGAAACACUGACGUCAUUUUCCGAGCCGCAGUGGAGCAACUGCCAUGGUCGUCUGCCCGAUCUGAGACAGGCGCCAAAGCCCCGCGAACUGCUAGCAGUCAUCAUGUCCUGCUCCAUACAUGACUUCCGGGAUGCGCAUCAUGCCAAAAA